CCUCCAUAUCAUGUGAUUCAGGUGUUCCAAUCCCCUCCCAAUCAUAUGAUUCAGGUGUUCCAAUCCCCUCCCAAUCAUGUGAUUCAGGUGCUCCAAUCCCCUCCAUAUCAUGUGAUUCAGGUGUUCCAAUCCCCUCCCAAUCAUGUGAUUCAGGUGUUCCAAUCCCCUCCAUAUCAUGUGAUUCAGGUGUUCCAAUCCCCUCCCAAUCAUGUGAUUCAGGUGUUCCAAUCCCCUCCAUAUCAUGUGAUUCAGGCGUUCCAAUCCCCUCCCAAUCAUGUGAUUCAGGUGUUCCAAUCUCCUCCCAAUCAUGUGAUUCAGGUGUUCCAAUCCCCUCCAUAUCAUGUGAUUCAGGUGUUCCAUUCCCCUCCAUAUCAUGUGAUUCAGGUGUGCCAAUCC